AUGGAAGGAAACUAUCUGAACCGAAACACUCAUAGAGAAGAUAGCUUUGGCUUUGAGGAGCAUUCAUGGGGAACUUCAUGGCCAGCAAGAAACUAUGCCUGCAGCUUUUGCAAGAGAGAGUUCAGGUCUGCUCAAGCUUUGGGUGGACACAUGAAUGUUCAUAGAAGGGAUAGGGCAAGAUUGAGAUCAUCUUUAUCUUCAUGGGUUUCUGAGUGCCCUAAACCUAACCCUAGCACUAACCCUAAUAACCCAACUCUUCUUUCACCCUCUUCACAAUCUCCUUUAUCUGAUCAUGAGUUUUUGAAUAACACACAUCCUUCUCCACUUUAUAGUCCAUGUCUGACUUUGUCUUCUUCUUCUUCACCCUCUCCAGCUUCUACCAGUGGAGAUAAGAAACCAAGACUCACAUCUUCUCACCAGUUUCCUCUUUUGUGUCCUCAAAGCAAGGAAAUAAUUAAGAUGAGUAAGAACACAAGAAGUACUUUCGGUGUUGAGGAAAUGAGUCAGGGUUAUGUUGAUGAGGACGAGCACAAGGUUUUCAAGAGUAAUGAGCAAAACAUUACGUUGGAAUUAGGAAUAGGGUUGUUUAAACACCAAGAGGAGAAGAUAGAUUUGGAGCUUCGACUCGGGAAUUUCUAG